AUGAGCAGAGCACAGACACUUACAGAGGAGAUAGAUAAGCUAUCUGGAGAUGAUUCGUUGGAGAUGAUCAGCAGAGGGUCUGAUGAUUUUCUUGGUGGUCUUAAAAGACUUAAAGAGAAGAUUAGUAAUAACGAGCCAUACGAUAUAGAUAGUGUGGAGAAAGACUUUAAGAACUGGCACGACAAUUCUAUAAUGCAAGAGAAAAAAAUACAUAGAUCACUUCGAAACUACACGAGCAAGACGGAGAAGCUGUUUGAUUUCGACUUGGAUUCGGUGUGUCAUUACAAUAAGGUGAGUCUGGUGAAAGGCCAGACCGAAGAGUUGCUUGACAGGGCGAUUGUGAUGGAUCUAUUGAGGAACGGGCAAUUUUCAUUGGCUACAGAGGUGUGCACGGAAACCAAAUUACCGUUUGUUGAGGAAUUGGUGUCAGAGUUUAAAGAGUUAAGAAACAUCCUAACCAGUAUUGAGGAGGAGUUUGAACUAGGGCCUGCUAUAAAAUGGGCUGUAAAGAACAGUAAUUCAUUGAGGGAGGAUGGAUCCGAUUUGGAAUUUCUCCUACAUAAGAUCCAAUUUCUCAAGAUUUCUAUGCAAUUCAACUCAGAACCAUUCGAAGCUUAUGCUUAUGCCAAGCGGACUUUUCCCAAGUUUGCCAAAAGACAUCUGAACACUAUUUCAAAGCUUCUGGGAACUCUGGCAUUUGGCGAGGAUAUAGAGAUCCCGGAUGACUUUUCCAUUCCAGAUACGAAAAAAAUGCUCUGUAAUAAGGUUGUUCACGAUUAUUGCUCGUUGAUUAACCUAUCUGCUCGAUCUCCCUUGUUCAACACGCUUCUGGCUAGUUAUAUGGCUCUACCUGCCUUCAAGAAAUAUAACAGAAUUGCCAAUCUCUCCAACAAAUUAAAUUGGACUACUCAAAAUGAACUCCCAUUUGAAAUUAAUUUACCUCAAUCGCUACAAUUUCAUUCCAUUUUUAUAUGUCCUGUUUCUAAAGAAGAAACUACUGAUGACAAUCCUCCUAUGGUUUUACCCUGUCGUCAUUUAAUUUCACAGGAUAGUUUACAAAAACUCAGCAAAAAUGGGAUUUCCAGUUUCAAGUGUCCCUACUGCCCUCGUACCUGUUUGUGUUCUCAGGCCAAACAGGCCAAGUUCAUGAAUAUAUGA